AUGGCUGACACCUCUAGGCAAUUCGUCGAAGCGAUAACACGUAUGCCACAACCCAACAACCAAGCCGAACCUCUAGGUUGUUCACUCCGUGGCUUUUCUAGUCACAACUUCCGAUCGUUUGAAGGUAUAGAAGGACCAAGCGCAGUUGAAGCAUGGCUCACUGACAUCGAGGUACUGUUCGACAUCUUCGGCUGCACCAACGAACAGAGGGUCAGAUACAUCGAACUAAAGCUGACAGGCGAAGCUGGAAGAUGGUGGACCUCUAAGAAGGUAUUGCUAACAAAACCCCCAAACGAAACGGUAAUCACUUGGGACCUAUUUAAAGUUGAAUACAACAGGCGAUUCUUCCCCAGAGCUCAAAGGCAACUGAGAGCUAUCGAAUUCCAAAAUCUUGUCCAGGGUGACAUGACAGUGGAACAAUACUCCGCCAUAUUCAUAGAACUCGCUAGGUUCACCGCUAACUUAAUCCCCGACGAAGAAUCAAAAGUAGAGAGGUUCGAAAAUGGGCUUAACCCUCGCAUCAAGGAAAGGGUGAUAUGCCUCGAGAUCAAGGACUACGCCCGGUUAAUGGAAGUAGCGUCUCUUGCGGAGAGAGGAAUUCGCGAAUCAGCAGCAGUCUAUAAACUGAAAAGGCAAUUAAAAUUGCAGACGUCGUCUCCGGCAAAUAGGCCAGUGAUAGAGUAUGAUUCCAAACCAGCUGUGGCCAGGAAUUUUCCGCCUACACUUGGAGAUUAG